AAGGCAGCAAUCAUUAAACAGAGCAAAUAUGGAGUCAUCUGUAAAUAGAACAGAGUGAACAAACAUUUCAAAGUUCAAUUUCUCUGAUCAAUCCUCAAAAAGGAACAUCUCUCUCUGUGGCUGGGGUAGUAGUCAUACAGGCUUCUAAACCGGGAAGUUCACCAUGAUACGUGCUGCUUUAAGCAUCUGGAUCCUGUCUGCUGUGGUCUGCUUGGGCAGAGGUGAUCAUCAUGGCGAUCAUUCCCAUGACGAUGGUCAUGCCCACCACCACCACAACGAGUCUGAUCACAGCACUAGUAACCUCAAACUGGUGUCUUCAGCCAACACAGACUUUGCCACCCAGUUGUACAAAAAAUUAGCUGCUCAGACAGACUUGCAGGGCAAAAACAUUUUCUUCUCCCCAAUAAGUGUGACCCUUGCCCUGGCUGCGUUGUCUGUCGGGGCCCGUGGGGACACAUACCAGCAGCUUUUUACUGGUCUGGGCUUCAACAGCUCUUUAUUGACCCAGGCUGAUGUAGACAAGGCCUUCAAAUCACUCCUCACUGGGUUUAAUAGGACCUCUCAAGAGGACCUUAGUGCAGGAACGGCCCUGUUUGUGCAGGAAACCUUCAGCCCGCGGGCCCAGUUCAUGGAGGUGGUGAAGCAGGAGUACCUCGCAGACGUCUUCGCUCUCGACUUCCACAACACCACAGAGAGUGUGAGCAACAUUAAUAAAUAUGUGGCAGAGAAGACCAAUGGGAAGAUUGAAAAGCUGGUUGAAGACCUGGACCCUGCUACACUCAUGUACCUAGUCAGCUACAUGUACUUCAAAGAUAAAUGGGAGUUACCGUUUGACCCCACGGACACCAAGGAGGACGUUUUCCAUGUUGACGAACAGACUCAGGUUCCAGUACAGAUGAUGAAUAUGGAGGAGUCAGUCAACACUUACUAUGACAAGGAGAGUUCCACAUCAGUCCUGCAGCUGCAGUACAACGGGUCCAGCUCCAUGCUGCUGGUGCUGCCUGAUAAAGGCUUGGCUGAGCUGGAGGAGGUCAUCUGCCAGAACCACGUCAACAAAUGGCUCAAGUGGAUGCGACGGAAACGAACCGAUAUAUUCGUUCCCAAGUUCUCCAUCAAGAUGUCUCACUCCCUGAAGAACGUUUUGAGUGAAAUGGGAAUGCGAGACAUGUUUGGCUCUGAAGCAGAUCUCAGCGGCAUCUCAGACCUGAGGCUGAGCGUCUCUGAGGUGGUGCACCAAGCCACGCUAGACGUGGACGAGGCGGGGGCCACCGCUGCAGCCGCCACCGGAGUAGGGAUCACCCUCCUCUCCUACCGCAAAAUCCCCGUCCUGAAGUUCAACCGUCCUUUCAUUGUCCUCAUCACGGACUCCAACAAUGGAAACAUCUUCUUCAUGGGAAAGAUUGUUAACCCAAACAUCUGAAGAUAAAUAAUUCCUCUAAAAUUAAUGAGAUAUAUUUGUUUGACUGUGUGGUAAAAUAAUAUGAGGAGGGAUGGAUUAUGUAUGUUAGCAUGUUCCCUUUGUGGUUGAUAUCAUGAGUCUUGCGACGUACAGUUGAGCACCAAUUUAAAAAUAAUGGGGGCAAGAAUGGAAAACAAAGGGGAAAUUAUAACAAUAAACCAAGAACUAAACAGC